UGUACGCUGUUAGGGUGGCGCGCAAUUCUUACUGCGUGUCCGGACAGCGGCAGUGGUGCUGAUAGCUUUCUAUAUUCUCCUACUUAACAGACUGACUGACAGCUAUUUAAUACCUCGAAACGAAUACUGAAGAGCAGCCAGCAGUGCAUCAUUGACUGUUGUGACCAGCCUCCUGCAUUAACUCUCAUGGCGGAACGACGGCGACAUCAGCGGCAGGAGCAAACCAAGAAGCCUAAGCCGGUAGAAGAUCGCUUUAGCCAAGAGUUGCGUUCAGAGAAGAAAGAAGGUGCAAACAUGAAGACUACAACUGAAGACAGAAGCUUACAUCCAUCUAGAAACCAACAGAAGAAUCUUGCAAUGGAUACCGAUGAUGACGAGAACAUGAGUUCAAGCAGCACUGACAUUAAAGAAAACCGCAACAUGGACAACGUCUCCACAAAAGAUGGUGUACAGAUUCCAGGUGAGGUGCCACAGCUUUCUAAUGGCGGAGGCAGUAGCAGCAGGAAGCGCCCCCUAGAGGAGGGCAGCAAUGGUCACUCCAAGUUCCGAGCAAAGAGGAGGAAGAAAGGUCCAGGCCCUAUUCUGCCAAAGAAUGCACUAAUGCAGCUGAAUGAGAUCAAAUCCGGCUUGCAGUACAAGUUACAAUCCCAGUCUGGACCAGUACAUUCUCCUGUUUUCAUUAUGACAGUUGAAGUGAAUGGACAAGUAUUUGAAGGCUCUGGGCCAACUAAAAAGAAGGCAAAACUCCAUGCUGCUGAAAAGGCCUUGAGGUCAUUUGUUCAAUUCCCCAAUGCUUCUGAAGCCCAUUUAGCUAUGGGAAGAACACUAUCUGUCAAUGCAGACUUCACUUCUGACCAAGCUGACUUUCCUGAGACUCUCUUCAAUGGAUUUGAAGUUCCAGCACAGUCUGACAACUCCUUUUUCUUGGGGUCUAAUGGAAACGAUUCUUUCAACUCUUCUGGAGACUAUAAUAUGAUGCCAGUCAGUGGCAGUGGUGGCCUUAUUCAGUCACCACUGUCUGUAACAUCGCAGUGCUCCUCAGUUGGUAAGAAUCCCGUAAUGAUCCUGAAUGAACUGCGCCCAGGUCUGAAGUAUGAAUUUGUCUCUGAAAGUGGAGAGAGUCAUGCCAAGAACUUUGUGAUGUCAGUAAAUGUGGAUGGAAAGCCAUUUGAGGGAUCAGGUCGCAACAAGAAGUUAGCAAAGGCUCGUGCUGCCCAGUCAGCUCUCUCAAAUCUGUUUAAUAUGCAGCUGGACCAGACGCCAUCACGCCAACCAAUUCCCAGUGAAGGAAUACAGCUACAUUUACCUCAGGUCCUUGCUGACUCAGUGGCUCGACUGGUGAUUGAUAAGUUUGGUGAUCUAACAGAUAAUUUCACAUCGCCACAUGCUCGCCGGAAAGUCCUUGCAGGCAUUGUCAUGACAACAGGAACUGAUUUGAAAGAUGCACAAGUGAUUUGCGUUUCUACAGGAACAAAGUGCAUUAAUGGAGAAUACAUGAGUGACCGGGGUCUUGCCCUUAAUGACUGUCAUGCAGAAAUUAUUGCUCGUAGGUCACUCCUUCGAUAUCUGUAUACUCAACUUGAACUAUUUCUCAGUAAUGAUGAAGAUCAGCAAAAAUCUAUCUUUAUUCGGUGUGAAAAGGGUGGAUUUGGACUGAAGGAUAACGUGCAGUUUCAUCUAUACAUCAGCACAUCUCCCUGUGGGGAUGCAAGGAUCUUCUCCCCUCAUGAAGCAGGAAUGGAAGAUCAAGGGGACAGACACCCAAACCGCAGAGCACGUGGGCAGUUGCGCACAAAGAUAGAGUCUGGAGAAGGAACCAUCCCCGUGAGAGCUACCAGCACCAUUCAGACAUGGGAUGGUGUACUACAAGGAGAGAGACUACUCACCAUGUCUUGUAGUGACAAAAUCUCAAGGUGGAAUGUGCUGGGUAUGCAGGGAGCCUUGAUGAACCAUCUUGUGGACGCUGUUUACUUUUCUAGCAUUAUCUUGGGCAGCCUGUACCAUGCAGAUCACCUGUCAAGGGCCGUGUACCAGCGAAUAGCAGAAAUUGAAGGAUUGCCAUCAUCAUACCGACUCAAUAAACCCCUUCUUAGUGGGAUAAGUAACACAGAGGCUCGUCAGCCUGGCAAAGCACCCAAUUUUAGCGUGAACUGGACGGUUGGAGAUUCUGCUCUUGAAAUUGUCAAUGCUACCACAGGCAAGGAUGAAAUGGGUCGCCCAUCUAGGCUAUGCAAGCAUACCCUCUAUAACCGUUGGUUACGCCUCUACACAAAGUUUUCAUCCAGUCUACGCACCAAGAUAACAAAACCCAGCUCAUACCAUGAAGCAAAACAGACUGCCACAGAAUACCAGUCUGCCAAACAGUGUCUGUUCAGAGAAUUCCAAAAGGCGGGGUUAGGUGCCUGGGUGGAAAAACCGAUCGAGCAGGAUCAGUUCUCUCUGUCCACUUGAAAAUAAUGCAGUCUUUACCACAUGUCAAAGGAAUGCUGAAUUCCAUCAUCACUUUAGCAUCUGUUCUGGCUUUUCCUCACAAUCUGAUAGAACCGAAAGCUGCAAAAACUACUUUGUCUGUUACUCUAGUCAUUAUAUAGGUCACAGCAUUGACUACAAGGAAGUAAUGUUUUAUUUCUAACAACUGUUUAUUUUUUAUUUAGUGGAUGACUCUGUUUAACACUGUACUGCAAAAAUUAAUACUAAGAUCUGGCAAUGUGCACUGUCGUUCACAUUAUGCUGCAGUCUUCCAUAGCUGAGUUCACAUCACUGCAGCUAUUUAAAAAAUCUGUAAUUUAAAAUGUAUGUAUUUGUAGUUAAAAUGGCACCAAGAAGCGGACCCAAAACACAGCACUACUGAGUUGACACACAGAGUUGACACAGUCUCAUCUUUUGAGAUGUAAAGCAGUAUUAAAAUCUUCAGUUAUUAAUUAAAGAAAAAUUACCAACAAUUAUUUGGGGGUCUGUUUACACAUUCCUUGCUAAUCUUGGAAGAUCAGUGUGGGUACUGGCUUGGUCAUAAACUGUCGUAUCUGUGUACUUUUGGAUUAAUAGCUCCAUCCUACACUAGGAUAUUGAAGUGAAACUUGAAGCCAGAACAGAUGCUGUUUAUGAUGUUCCACUGCCUGGACUCUUGAAACCAGCUGCUGAAGAUCCAGUGCACAUCAGGUGUAAUUAUUCUUCAUGUUUUUAACACAGGCUCUUAUGUGUAUAUUGCCUUCUGUUUUUCCAUACUCAUAUCUGUGAGAAUCUGUAUUUUUUUACCAUGGUAAACUGGAACUAAAGGUUUUAGUAUUUGUAAAAAUGAUACUUUUUAGAAGUUUCUGUAAAAACAGAAAAUUGGAGUUUAACAAGAUGUAACUAGAGUUCCUUUUAAGAUUAGUUUUACUUUUCUGAAUUUUACAUUGUUAAAGAAAUAAUUGAUGCAGUGUAUUUUAUUUAAUUGUAAAAGAGGGAAAUAUAAAAAGCUGAGUAGACCUAGUAGUGAAAUUUGAAAGAAUGACAGUAUUGUGAAUAUCCUUAUAGUAAGUAACUGAUCCUUGCUAAUUCCAGAAAAGCAAGGAAAAAUGAAGGUAGACUUUUCAUCCUAGGAGUAUCUGUGUAUACUUGGCUAUAUGACUCUUCUGCUUGUUGAGAUCUGCUGCCCUGGAAGGACAUGAGCUAAGAAUGCUAUUAAAUUAUCCGGUUGCACUAGGACUGUCUUGCAUAAAGGAGAUUAUGAGUUGAUAAUCUGCAAGUUGCUUUCAUUAUUCAGUGUCUGACUUUUCUGAAGUAAUUGUUUUUUUUAAUUCUGUGCAGUGCUGUUAAAGGAAAACUGUACACAAACUGUUUUUUAAUCUUUAUAUUCUGUGCAGUACUAACCCCCCAUCCUCCAAGUGUUAGUAGGUACUACUGUUGUAUUAUAGUUUUUUAUUUACCACAAACUGGCCUGGUGGGGACUCGCACUCUAGUGCGAUUUUGUUUAGGUUAGCUCUCUUUCUGCUACAGUGUGUUGUGUUUGCAUGGUAUAACAUAGCCUCCAUGCAAUAAGUCAGUUGGUUUGCUUCUAUAUUUGCUUAUAAUGACAGUACUGUGAGUCAUUGGCUUCUUAGACUGUAUAUAAGAAUAGAGUCAUUCUUUAAUUUUUAUUCACUUGCUCUCAAUGUUAAGCUUCUAAAAGGCUUUUACCUUUUUUUUCUUUUCACAUAAAAUAGCAAACGUGCAUGCCACUACCCCCACAUUGUCUUAAUUAGUUGCCAGGUGCAGCAGUUUUCUUCAAUCAUAUGAGAUUGACAGUUGACACUUCAUAAACGUAGCAACCAAAAUUCCAGCAGCCUUUAGUGGUGUUCCGUAUUGUCCUUCAUUUUAUGUUAACAUAGCUAACAGGAACACUCGCCAGCAGAAACGGAGUUUGUACCAAUUAGUUUAUGUAGUGUCGCCGCCUAAAUGAUCCCUGCUCUUCAAAUAGCAGUUUGUCUAACAAAUUAGCUCUCUGGAAACAGGGUUUCAUUUUGUGUGCUUUAUAGCACUUUGCUGACUUCAAGAUACACAUGAUCAUCCUUUUCUCAUUCUAGCUAAGACGGAUUCUUUUUAGAAACAGAAUAAACGAAAAGAAAGAAAAAACUGUGGUACCUUUAUAAUCUCUGAUAAUACUAUACAGUAGUCAUUUUUCAUCCUAGGGUAGUAUCUUUCUUUAAUAAUCUUAUUCCGGUAAUGCCUUGUGCAAUGCUAUAACAACUGAGCUUCAGCUAGCCAAUGUUGGUCUACUCUUAGCCUAUUUUUUCCUUAAGUCAGAUGUCCUGAUCAUCACAUCUGAAGAUGUCAGUCACUGAACAAAAAUACUUAGCAUGUACCUUUGCAUUGGCUUUAAUAAAGUAAGAUGCGUUUAGUUUGAAACUAGAAUGCUAUGCUUUAUUUUUUACUAUUUUCAUCUUGAAUCUAGAUAGGUUUGUGUUAAACAGCAAAACAGUCCUUGUCAGAUUUUUAUUUUUUUGUUUUACUUUUUAAAGUUUGAGACAUGCUCAUGUUCUGCUUAGUGCAGCCACUACUGGAAGAGAUUUUGUUUUAACCCUGUAAUUAAUAUUAAGCUUACCAGAUAUUUUUAAUCUGGUUAAAACUAGGUCCAUAGAGUAGCACUAUUUACUUCACAACUUCUGUAAAUACCUUCACAAAGCAUUGUUUAGAUGUCCAGUCUUGAAGGCAGGCAUUCCAGAGAUCUGAUCUGUCUGCCACACUACAUAAAAUAAUGACUGAUUUUGCCCAUUCCUUCCUGAAGUAAUAUAGUACAGUUGUGUGGUACUCUCUGUAAUGGUAGAUCUUCAUAAGAUAGACUCUUGCAGCAGUAAAUACCAUCUCACUGUCCUCCUUUCCAGAAUUCUUCCUUGACAUCUAAAAACCUUUAAAUACAAGUUUAACAUUCAGCUUUUUAUGCUGUUAAGAAAAUGAGAUUUUGCAAAUGAUUUAUGACCAGUUCAUCACUCGAAGACUUUAAGAUGGCAUGAGAUAAUGCUUCUCAAAUCUAGAGCCUUCUGUAGUAAUAGACAUAUAUAUUGUCGGGACUCCCUGUCUUGUUUUAUCAACGUCCUCCCCUGCUCUCUCCAGCAGAUGUUUAUUUUUGUCCUCUUUGGCUUCUGCCGCCAUUUACAUAAUCCCACUAUCCUGAGGUUAGAAUUAGAUGAGGUGGAUGUGGUUAAUGGCAUUAGCAGCUGUCUCACUAAAUUCUGUUUGAAUGGGAUUUAUGCAUCAUAUUGGCUUUUGUUUUAAAAAAAAAAAAAAAAAAUGUCUUGCAUGGGGCAAAGUUAACCGUAGUUGACAUAUAGUGGGCUAUGGCUUCGGCAUCCCCCAAACAACUAAUGUAAGUACCUCCAAGGCUGCAAAACCUCAAGGCUAAAUUCUAAACAUUUUCACUGAAUGGAUAAAGCUGUUAACCUGUUUUGAUGAGACCUCUCAAGAGAAACUCACUCACUUGAAAAAUCUCAGUGGCCUGCUCUGUGGCCCCCUCACUUCCUCCAUAAAGUCUUAAAUUAGUAUAAUAGGGAAAGAGGAGGAGAACUAGUUCAGAGUAUGUGAAGGAUGCUAUUGUUGCAGUCUGGAAGUAUCCAGAGACCAACCUGUCUACUCCCAAGAAGUAGGAUACCUUCUGCAAUUGCCUAGCUGAAUGAGGAUCCUAGGGCAGAUUUCUAUAUGAUUUCUGCAGUCCAGCUUAGUUUUGAAAGACCACAGCACCUUUCUACCCUCCUACAUAAUAAGUAGUCUGAAGCUUUGAACUAGUUAAGCACAAGGGUGUUUUUAUCUUCUUUGUUAGGCUUUGGAUUCCUCACCUGUUUGACCAAGCUCUACUCCUCACUUGUGGAUCAGGCGGUGAAAAAACUUUGAGGUCUCAGUGAUCCUGGGGUCUAAAUUAAAGCAAGAAACUCACCUUGGCGUAUAUUGCUGGCUUCCAUCUGACUGACAUUCUCUAAUUUUCACUUUACAGAUGCUAAGGUUAGAGUAGCGGACUCUUGGAAAGGAUUGAAUGGCUCAUCUUGUUUCCGAGGAUGAGCUCUGAGAACCCACCCUGAAAGCUCUCUUUUUGGAUAGCACUGAUGCUUUCCUGUCACCUAUACUCUGCUGGCUGUAGAGCCUAUCCCAUCAUUUUUUACGGAUUCGUAUAGUAAUCCUCUAAAAAUCUGUGAACCUAUAACGUGAAGGUGUUGGCAGCAGUUACUGACAGAACUUACUGUGUUAGUGUUUCAUCACAUUCUGUAGUCCAGGACCACUCAUGGGUCUAGCACUUCUCACUGAAUACUGCAACCCUUUAAGUUGGUUAACAACCAUGUGUUACCGAAAUUUUAUCAUGUAAAACUCCAGCUUCACAGAGAAGAUGUGGAACACUACUGGCCAAACUAAACCAGCAGAGGACAGUUCCAUCCCUGUGAAUAAAAAGUAGCCAUCUGCAUCUUGAGCUUUUUCAUUGCAGGGAAGCCACAUUUGUCAUGCAUAUUAGAGAAACACACUUUUUUUUUUGCUUGUAAUCUUUCCAGAAGCAGAUGGGUAAAAAUACAGAAGAAAGAUGGUCUGCAUUUUACAGAUAUUUUUAUGUCUGAAACAUUGUUAAAGUUCUAAAACUGUUUAGCCAUGGUUUCUGGAAAAAAUAACAUUUUCAGGUAUCCUGAUAAGAUUAACAUAAUGUUAAAGUUUAGUUUAAAAUGUGUUAUUUUAAAGAAUGUUUUCCCUUUAAGAAGAAUGAGACUUGCAGUUUUUAAGUUUAUGUUGGCAUUUUGUGUUUUAGAGUUGAGCUGGCAGAUUUUAAUUUCUGGAUUUAUGUGGCUGUUUGCAUGAAUUUAUUCUGAAAAUGAACAUGUUUAAACAAAGUGAAUAUUUAAAAAAAAAAAAAAAAAAAAAAAAAAAAACUUUAUGGAUUGAAACAUUUUGCAUUGUUCCUGCAUUUCAUAUUGUAGAAUUGUGUAGAGCUACUGAUCAGAAAUUGUAUUUAAAAUUUCCUCACUGUAAACCACGAAUAAAAUGUAAGGAAUGAAAAAAA